GAACGUGAUCAUGUCUGAAAGAGUCUGUUGUACAGUUUACAGUUGAUAAAAUGAAUAAACGAGUAGCCGUGUGAUAUUUUUACUGUGCCAACAUGAAGUUGGUAUCAAGAGAUAUCGAUAAAAAUAACGCAGGGUGUGUGACUCUGGUUCCAGAGGAAGCGGAAGACCUGUGGCAUGCAUACAACCUGAUAAUGGUGGGCGACACUCUCAGAUCCACAACAAUCAGGAAAGUCCAGACGGAGUCGGCCACAGGAAGUGUCAGUGUCAACAAAGUAAGGACCACUCUGACCAUUAAGAUAGAGGCCAUCGACUUCGACACCCAUGCAUGUGUUCUUCGACUGAAAGGUCGAAAUAUUCAGGAAAACCAGUAUGUCAAGAUGGGUGCUUAUCAUACCCUAGAUUUAGAAGUGAACCGGAAAUUUACAUUGGGAAAACAAGAAUGGGAUAGCAUAGCUUUGGAGAGAAUUGAGUUGGCAUGUGAUCCAACACAGCAUGCAGACUUGGCCGCUGUUAUCAUGCAGGAAGGUCUUGCCAAUGUUUGUCUCAUCACACCAAAUAUGACAAUAGUUCGAGCAAAAAUAGAAACCAACAUUCCACGUAAAAGGAAGGGAAGCUGUACACAGCAUGAUAAGGGUUUAACAAAGUUUUAUGACCAGAUUGUGCAAGCAAUAUUACGCCAUAUUAAUUUUGAUGUUGUGAAAUGUAUUUUGGUGGCCAGUCCUGGUUUUGUGAAGGACCAGUUUAUGACAUACAUGAUGGACCAAGCUGUCAAAAUGGAAUACAAGGUCCUCAUUGAAAAUAAAUCCAAGUUCUUAACAGUCCACGCAUCAUCUGGAUUCAAGCAUUCUCUAAAAGAAAUUUUGCAAGACCCAGCUGUGACUUCCAAAUUAUCCAACACCAAAGCUACAGGGGAAGUGAAAGCUUUAGAUGAUUUUUAUCAGAUGUUACAAAAUGACCCUAACAGGGCCUUCUAUGGUGUCAAACAUGUGGAGAAGGCAGUAGAGCUACAGGCUGUUGAGGUUUUACUCAUCUCAGAUGAAUUGUUUCGAUCCCAGAAUCUUGCACAGCGGAAGAGAUAUGUCAAAAUUGUGGACACUGUGAGAGACUGUGGUGGAGAUGUGAAAAUAUUCUCUAGCAUGCAUAUAUCAGGGGAACAGUUGGGACUCCUGUCUGGAGUAGCUGCAAUUUUAAGAUUUCCAAUUCCUGAUGAUGAAGAUGACGAUUCAGAUGAUGAUUGAUAGCAACUCGUAUUUAGAGUUUUAUAUUAAAAAAUUAAACAGGCCACAUAAUCUCGGUGAAGGACCUCAGAUAAUGAAGUCAGUCACAUGACCAAAGUCAGUGUUGUGUAAAAAAUCUCAUGUUGUGUUUCUCUGGAAAGAAAUACUAAAAACAUUGAAUUUCUUAAUAUGUAGAUUGUUAAAUUUUUAACAAACUUGUUAAAUUUUUAACAUUUAUAUUGUGUAUGAAUAUGUUUAUUUAUUUGUUAUUAAAAAUGUCAUUGAUGGAUA